CUUCACGCCCGCCCCAUGUUUCCACCAACAUCUUUCAGUCCGCGAAUAUGGCAUCACACACAGUUGCUGUAGGUAAUCAUGAUCAGCCCUUCCGAUUUCUCGAUCUGCCUGUAGACCUACGUUACUGCGUGUACGAACAGAUCGAUCUCGAGAUGCCAACUACCCGGCACGUCCUCGAACGAACACAGGCUGAACUUUGCAAAUCGAACUGGCCAGUUCCUCGCCAGUCUCCGGUCCAAGAUUCUCGCGUCACUCUUAUCCAGCCGUGCACUAAAUUCGCGGUCGAAAUUCUUGCGACUUGCCGCCUCGUCAACAAGGAAGCCCACCCCUUUAUUAGACGCAAGAUAGAGCACUCUAUGCUCCUGCCUGUACGAUAUCUUGUCGACUACAGCGCAGCCUUCGCCCUCAUAUACCCUAACAGUCCCCUGCAAAGCUGCCUCGGCGUACCCGACGAGUACGUCAGCGAACAAAACACAGCCGUGCAGUCCUUCCUGGACGUUUGCGCCUUCGCGCUCUCGCGCACGCGUCCAGCACCAGGCCGCACACCGGACGCCCCGCCCGUCCGCACCAUCGAAAUGACCAUCACACACGCGCGCGGCGCCGUGCACGGCCGAGAAGUCAUGGAGUCUGUGCUGUGGCUCACCCAGCCCACGCACUACCCUCCGUCUCGCGUUGUGGUCGUCUACCAGUCGCCGAUGCCGCGCAUAACCCUCCAUGGCGAUGCACAGGCCGCAGAUGCAGAGUUUCUCGAGCAGUUGCUGCAGCAGGUUCCGAGGGAGGCAGAUGCAGACAUGCAGGGGAGCCUGUCGACGGGGUUUUACAUGAGGCCGCUCGCGGAAGCGGAGUUUGAGAGGCAUGUCGAGGGCUUGGACUCUUACUAGGGACGGGUGAUGCGGGUGCGGCUUUCUACAGUCUCGAUGGGGAAGUGCUGACGUUGCAGAAUGAACGGCGGAUUGAGGAUAUGAGGCCAGUACACCACACAACAGCAGAGAAGGGGAAAUACUAAGAGUCUCUGUUGAACACUACUUUGCCUAUAGACAAUGUGGA